CCGAGCCAAAGAAGUUGGAAGGACUUGGGGCACAGCCGCAACGGCCUCACAUAGCAAGCACACGUGACUUAGUGACCCGAGGGCUUUCAUGGUCGGACCCGGGGUAGAGCAUGGACUGGGGGUUCCCGCCUUCCGAAGGCAACUUUGACUUUGUGCCCGCGCCGGCUGAGAGCGAGUGGACUGAGAAGACCGAGAAGACCGAGAAGACCGAGAAAAAGAAGAAGAAAAAGGACAAGUCGAGCAGGGGCCAGGCUCCGUUGGAUUCUGGCGAAGGUUGGGGCGCACCAGAAGGAGGGUUGGAGUUCGGAGGUAUCACUGAUGGAUACCGAACAACGCGAAGGGUUAGCUUCAGUGACGACCCACCCGAAUCCCGAGCUUUAGACACUUUCGCUCCUGACAAGUUCGCGGAGAAAGUCGGCAGCCCUGUGGACUGGAGUCCAGCUACUGGCACCUGGAUGGAGAGGUUGGCUGCAGAUAGCCCAGCUGAAAGGCGGGAGGCGCUGGGUGCUCCGAGCCUCCCGCCUCCCAGCACCUCAAAAUCGGCUUGGCUCCAGUUCGAUGUGCCCAAGGCCCUCGCAUAUGCGCCUGAUACGCCCAGUGAGGCACCCAGGCCCUUGGAGAGAAGAUUCUCUUUCUCCCUCUCCGACAUGGCUGCUGCGCCUCUCAGCGCUGGGUCUCCCUACCCCUCUGGCAGCGAGCCGGUGCGUGACAGGGACGUGGAUCAGAAGUGGAACCCUUUGAACGGCAUCCGGCCGCACUGGAAUCCAGGCGCGGAAAUUCAGCCCUUCGGCUCCUUCGCGCGGGAGGUGCGUCAGCCGCCCUCUCUGCAAGACAGCGAGGUGCAGAGGGCGGAGGGCAGAGCCCAGCUCUUGCGGCAAAAGAUCGCCCACUUGGAGUCAGCUCUGAGUGGAGGCGGGCAUGAGGGACACAUGACCAUCACUGCUCCAAUGUGUCAGGAUGGCCUAGGGGUUGUGCUCCAUGACCUCACUGUUGCCAGCAUCACCGAGCCCCUUGCUGAACGAGCCGGCUGGGCUGUGGGCGACAGCAUUCUGCAAGUCAACGGGGUGACUGUCUUGAAUGCGAGCCAGCUCUCUGGAGAAGUUGCGAAGGCCCUCAGUGCUCACCGCGCGGUUGGUCGGCCUAUGGUGUUUGAGGUGUGGAGGCACAAGGCCCCAGCAUCCAACGGGCUGCUGGGAACUCCGCCGUCCGCACUGCAGCCCAACAUGUUCAACGCCCCCCAUGCACCCCAUGCACCCCAUGCACCCCAUGCACCCCAUGCACCCAAUGCGUGGCCCGAGGCCUUUCCGGGAGGGUACGGCCCUCCGCCCCAAGUGGAACCCGUGACCAGGUCGGCCCCAGUGCCAGAUCAGCAACCUUGGGCUGGUCCAAAGCUUAUGCCCCCACAAAGCUGGGCAGGUCCGCAACUAGUCGCCUCUUCCAAUGCGCGUCCAGACUAUCAAGCCUAUCCAGCAGCUCCUCAAAGAAGAAGGCGCGCUCUGUGCUAGCCCUCGGCUCUGAAAGGCUGGGCAUGUGCAAGAAGAAAA